ACUCUUUAGUAUAAUACAUUCUUGCAAAGAAAACGAAAAGGAAAGCAGAAAUUGACCUUGUGAACAUCUUCUUUUACAUUUAUUAUUAACCUUGCUGCCAUACUCUUUGCAUUUAGUCUCAAAAUGAUUACUUUGGUGUGUGUUGAGUACGUAAGGCCGACAAUUGUACCUUGUGGUAUAGCUCAUCCUACGAGUAACUAGACUGGGACAUUUGGCGGUUACCGGUUUUUCGAUUAAAUCAGUAGGAACAGUAUUCUUUAAAGGUAUAGAAGAGAUUUUUUUUCUUCCUUAUGAUUAAUUAAGGCGACACUAUAAGGAUUACAUCCGUUAAGUAAAAAUGCUGAAAAUGACUUUCAUGAACUGGGCGCCCAGGAUGCUUUUUCUUCGAAAAUAUUCAACAAAUGUAGCAUCAAAGUCCAUUACGACGUUCCAGACAAAGUUGAAUGACAACCUUUCUAGGAUGAAAAAGCUCACACAAGACCAACCUCAUCUCAUUUCUCGAUUGAACGCCAUAACGAAUGCAUUAACAGUAAAGACACCUAAACAUCGUAUUUUAUUACAGUCUUUGACUUCUUCGCAAAAUGACAUUGCAUGCUCCAAAACUAUUUUACAAGCUCUCUUAACAAGUCCUUUUCUACCGAAAGUAGCCGAACUUGAUGAAGCCCUAAAGACUCUUGGUCAGGAACCAUUGUUUAUUUCUUUUGCAGAUACUCCUAUCAUUCAAAAGAAUGCUCGAUAUAAUUCUAGCCAUCUUUCUAUACCGAGCGAUUUUCUUCAAGUUCAUAACUUAGAGAUCACUUAUCUACCUGCAAACUAUACUGAUAAUUUAAUUUCAGCAACCUGUCAUAGUACAUACAUGUGCUCUUCUUCCUAUCUGAACAUUGUUAAUGAUCGUGCUUCUCGUCCGGCUUCACAUAUAACUUAUCUUUUGGACAAGGAUUUGACGGAUGCUGAUCUGAUUAAAAACGAGCCUCAAAUUUUGCCCAUAUCCUCUCCAAAAGCGUUAUCGGCCAUUGAAAUAUUGCGCAAAGAUGCAGGCCAGUUUGCCCAAUAUAAAGAGCUUUGGGAUAGAAGCAACUUUCAAGCGUUACGAAACUCUUUUUUAACUGAAGACAAUUACGAACUAGUAGAAAAGUUGUUGAAGUCAUUUAAGGAUGCAAUAAGCUCAGAAAAUGCUGGCCAAAAGUAUAUUACCUCUAAAAAUAGCAGUAAUUUCAUGCUAUCGUCUUUGGAAGAAUGGGCCAAAUGUUUCCACGCUGAUACGGAGUCUUUUGAAGUUCAAUUGAAAGCCUUAUGGAAGAAACUUGGAUUCUUGCAACUUUAUAAAAAUAUUGACGCAUGGCCUAAUAGUCUAAAAGACCAACUUCGCAAAUCCUAUCUCAAGGAGUCUAAGUUGGAAUUAGCAUUCCUCUUGGGUGAAUUAUCGCGAAAUGGGGAUGACAAAAAGAACUUUUACAGUGCGAUGAAAGACUUUCAGACAUAUCAGGAAACGUGUGAACAAAACGUUUCACAAAAGUUUCAAGCACUGAAAAAACAAACGUUGUACGUGACAUUAUUCCAAGGUUUCGGAGCUUUGGGCUCUUUGUAUCUAUAUAUAGUUGCUCAUGCAUCUAUGUAUAAUUCCUUCAGUAUUUUUGCUGUAACCUCUGUUUUAGGGUUCUACGUUUUACAGCGCAGCUCAUCUAAAUGGAAGCAAAGAUUUUGGAAAGAGCAGCUGGAAGACAGUAGACGCUUCGAGAGAACCUUCCGACGUCAACUAUUUGAAAAAUCUUCCCUUUAUAACCAAAAUAUACACCAAGAAAAGUUGAAAGCAGAGAUGGAUCUGCUAUCGAGUCAGGUUGACGAAUCUUUAAAUUGCUUGCGCAAUUUACGGGUUGCCUUGCAAGAAUAAGUCUGCAAUGUUACUAACAAGAUUUAAGAGAUCUUUUGUGGAUUAUUUUAAACUACACACGCAAGUGAUAUUUCUUACCGAUAAUUAUUCCGUCAAGUUUAGACUUUGGAUAUAUAUGUUCAACGCCUCCCCUCUCUUAAUGACAUUUCCUUCUUUUAUUAUUUAUUGUUAGUAUUGAAUAAAAAAGUAGAAUUCUG